AGUCAAGGAAGUUGGAAUACAAUAUUGAAACAAUUGAACAAGGUCAUUUUCCAGAAAAUAGAUAAAAUCAACAUGAAUAUAAAAUUGGGAUAACCUUGUUGUUUGCCCAGUUUAUGAAAUGAUCAACUAACGAUGACGAAAUUCAAAAUUUUAUUUUGUCUUUUCGUAAGCUUACCCUUUUCAAGAGCAUGUGAACAAUGCAGUUUUAGUAGCUGGCAUACAUGGAGUAAGUGUUCGGAAUCGUGUGGUGGCGGUAUCAAGACUCGACAGCGGUCAGUAUGUUGUCCUCCAGAAAUUCUAUAUGACACUUGUCUGAAUAGUCUCUGUAAAGAUAAAGUGACAUAUAAUGACACACAACAGACGGCUGUUUGUAAUGAUCACUGUCUUGAGGGAGGAACUUAUAACGAAGGAUGUUCGUGCAGAGCUGGAUGGACAGGCAGAUGCUGUGGAAUUCCUUGUGGAGACAAAAUACACGGAGUGAAUUGUAGCCAGGGUUGUGAGUGCGCAGAGGGAUUGAAAUGUGAAAAGAACUCUGGACAAUGUGUCCUACGUGAGUCUGUUGUUAAAGCAAAGGACGGACGUGAAUGUCAAACAUGUGAACUACGAGACUGGGGAUCUUGGGGAAGUUGUGAUCAGCAGUGUGGGGGAGGUAUGAAGAUAAGAUACAGGGAGGUCUGCUGUCCAGAGAUAAUAGACUACCAUACAUGUACCAGAGAAACAUGCAGGGGCAAAGUCAAUCUUAGUGAAAUAGUUAGUAAAGGACCAUGUAAUCUCGAUUGCUACAACGGCGGUAUAUAUAACGAGACAUGUCAAUGCAAACCUGGGUGGUCGGGACGAUGUUGCGACACCAAUUGCGAUGAUGGUUAUUUUGGCGAUGGCUUUAAUUCUACUUGCAAUUGUCUAACUGGUGCAGUAUGUGACAAGGAAACAGGUGCAUGUCUUCAAAAGGCAUUGUUAUCGGGUCAUAGCGAACCAAGAGAAGAAACGUCAACGCGUCUAUACAUCAUUAUUGGGAGUGGCAUCGGCGUCUUCUUUAUAGUACAGAUUUUAAUAAUAAUUUUGAUAGAUGGGUACAUCAAGGGCCGAAAACGACGAAAGGCGGAGAUAACUGCUCGUUUAGACAAAGAAAAAUUCUGGUCAGGGAAGACAGCAUUUGAUGGUUCUGAAAACCUUUACGAAGAAAUCCCAUUUGACAAAAAGGGGGAAAACAACAGUAAAAUUUCGAAAAUAUAUAUUGCAAAAUCUGUGAACAAAACCUCCGUGAAGAAGCCUUCUAUUCAAAACGGUAUUGUCAAAGGCACCAAAGAUAUGAAAUCGGAGGAUAUAUACCAAGGGCUGGCUAAAACGUUGGAAGACUCUGGAUAUCAGGCGUUAAUUAACCCGGAUGCAAUGAAAUACAUGGCAAUCAAACCUGCUGUUAUAAACCUUGACAGCCCUGUGUACAUUUCGAUGUCUGAUAGUCCAAACAAAAGUUCAGACAAAGCAAUUGACCAAACAAGGGUUGCAGGAUACAUGGCAAUGUAUAGUGCUUCUGGAGAAACUUGUGAAAACAAAAAGAAACUUUAUAACUUUGAUGUUGAAUGACCCUAGAACUAAAAUUACAGUUGAAAAUUGUUUCUUUUAGAAAAUUGUGGGUUUUUUUUUCGUUUUUGUAGUCAGAUUUUUCCCCCGACUAAAUGAAAUGAGUUUUUAAGUUGAAACCAUAGACGUUUGAAAGAGUAGCAAACUACACUUCGGUGACAAAACUACUUGAAUUAAACGCUGUGUUCGGUGCUCGUUAAAAGGACAACUAUAUGCAAUUGUAGAAACAUGAUUCAAGGACAAUAAAAUGUAUGAAAACUAAAGCACUAAUUUAAACCAGAAGGGGACGACCAUUUGAUAUUCUGGGGGGGGGGGGGGGGGGGGGGGGAGGACUUGUUUUUGAUCGGUUAUUUAUUUCUGUAAACUAAGAGGACAGAUUAUCCAUUUUCUGCACUAUUGAAGCAAGAUUUUUCAUUUUCAUUAAAGCAAGGGACUGAUUAUUCAUUUUCACAACUAUAUUUAUGAUAUUCGAAAAAACAUACAAUUUUUAAAUGAUUUGUUUAUUAUAAAUAAUACAUGUAUAGUCAAGUGAUUAUGUACCAUUUAAUUAGAAUCAAUCAUCAUCCUCUGCAGAAAUGAAUCUUUUAUAUAUCCCAACUGCAUUCAUACUAUUAAAGUUUGGUUGUAACUAUCCUCUUUUAAAAGUAUUGGGAAACAUUUUUUGAAGGGUUUUGGAGCCACUGAAGGCCGAAGAAGCUAUAGAACAAAGGAUGCAAUUCAUGCUUUCUGGGUGUUCAAAAGACCUUUUCAUAAUCUGAAAAUGCAAGUUUUGUUUUAAUAAUGUUUUGACAAUAUUUUGGUCUCAAGGCAAAAUGUAUAAAUUCAGUGUAAGCUGACCUAAUUUUCUAGGGACAACAUCAAAAGACCAAUGUGCAUGACAAAGCAAAAAUGGAAUUCACAUAGUUUAGUCUGUAGCUGCUGGUUUUUUUCCCUUUAAACUCAUGAUCAAGGUCAUAACAAAAUUUUACACAAAGGAACAAUGAACAAAAGACAAAUAAAUAAGUAACAUUGAUCCCGAAAAAUCAGGGCUACAUCUGAGGGAAAACAUGAAAUGUAAUUACGGGCCUGUUAAAGGUUUCUUGAGACAAUAAAGUCACAAUAUACCUCAUGUUAAAUGAAACCAAUUUUCAGACAUUUCAAGUAUAUUUGAAUAAACUAUACUUUCAUUGUUAAUAAAAUUGGGAAGUGUUUCCCGAUUUUUUUGGGGAAAUAAGAUGAAUUUAUGACGAAUCUGGUGCCAUCUCAUACCUUUGAUUUGACCUGUUGAGUUAUUUAUUUUCGAAACAUUGCAAGUCAGGUAAUUUAUUUUUAAACUACCACAGAACAAACCAUUUAUUUUUGUGAUUAUCAAGGCUGAGUUAUUUAUUUUCAAAAUCCUUCUCCCCCCUCCCCCGAAAAUCAAAUGGUCGUUCCCUAACCAUUCAUCCAAUGAUAAGUCAAAAUGUUGUCUCAAAACUAUAUAACAAAUGGCGGCACGCAUUUGAGAUGACAAGCAGUACCAACUUUUCAAAAAUUGCGAAAUAGUCCGUCAUUCAACAUUUAACAGUGUUACGUGCAAUUCAUGUCUGCAGUGGCUGUAUUUAUUUUUUGUAAGAGAAAAAUUGUACCAUAAGAAAGGCUCUGGUUUUGUAACACUUAUAAAGCAUUUUGAAGUUGUUUAAUUCUAGUUUUAAAUUCAAAAGCUAUGAGAAAGUUUUAGUAUUAUUUUCAUUAGAAUAUCAAUUUAAGUAUAAUCAUGUUAUACAUAUCGCAAAAUUAAAGUAAUUUUGAAUUAGAAAAAUAUCUUCUACUGGACCUUACCGAAAGUUUUAUUUCUAAAACGGGAAAAAUCAGAAUCAGAAUCAGUAAUAGUAAAUUACUAAUAGAAGUUGGUAGAUAUACUAGAACACCUUUAGAACAGAGAAUUUGUCCAAUUUGUAAGGAUGGAAUUGAAGAUGAGUGAUAUAACUCCAUCUUUUGUUAAUAUGUGGGAACAAGAUAAGUUUAGUUUCAUUUUGAAAAGUAAUGAUACGGACAUUAGUACUGUAAGUGUAGCCGGAAUAAGCGAUAUGUAUGAUUUGAAAAUUCAUUUAAAGAGCUUUUGUAGUAUUAAAGCUGAUUGUAAUAGCUUGAAAUAAUAAUAUUGUAUGAAUAAAACCUGCACGCAAUGUAAAUAUAAAAUAUGUAUCUCUUAUCAUUUUUGUAUUUUGUAAAUGUCGGCUGGUAUCAUUUCUGUAUAGAAAUUUACACAAAUAAAAUUAUUUGAUUUGA